AUGCGUAUAAACAAUACUUUCUCUGCUGGUUUGCCUAUUGUUCAUUCGAAUGCAGAAUUUUCAACCUUAGUGAACUCAAACACUUUGGCAAGUAUAACGUUGACAUUAGUUGACGCAAACUUUGUUCCUGUAAAACUUUUAUGUCCUAUGUAUUUGUCAAUGACGGCAGAAAGUUUCGAAUUGGAAGAUGCAACUGGUGAAAGUAUUGUAUUACAAGAACAACUUCAACAACAAAUAGCUCAAGAACAACAAAUGCAACAAAUGGAACAAAUGCAACAACAAAGUCAAGAAUAA